AUGUCUCGACGAAUCACGGAUUGGUUUAAGCCCGAAGGGCCAAAGAAACGGGGCGGCUCCCCCUUGCCUUCGCGCGUACCCUCAAAGCAGCAUACCGGCACUGCCACGGGCAAUACUGCCUCCAGAGAAGCUGUUUUGCCCGAGCACGCCAGCACAAGCGUCACCGCGAGCGCACUGGACCCUUUGGCAACAUCGACAGCAGCGAGUGCUUCGUCCCGGGCCAGCACACCCGAACCCUUCCCCGUCGAGCCCCAUCCUUCGGGAGCUCUUUACGGCGAUACUCCCCUGUCCGUCCCGCGGGCAACAGAUCGUGCGCCCGAAGUGGUGAUCCUGUCGCGCAACGACGGUAUUACCACCUAUACGAUCCAAGAGUCCAAGGAGAACGUGCCGAUUGCAUGCCGCAUCGACACGCAUAACGAGCAUCUGCUCCUGGGCUCGAUCUUCCUUUCGACCAAGGUCGUGGAUGGAAAGACCUACCACCGGGUCGUCUCCUCGCACAUGGCACUUGCGCGGAUCGUGGCCGAGAAGAAUCCCUCGCCACACGCAGAUCGUAUCAUCGUGGACCAUCGCAAUAGGAUGACCACGGAUGAUACGGAGGCUAAUUUGCACUGGGAGACCCCUGCGUUCAACACGUUCAACAUGGACCGCAAGGAUAGCAAGUCUGGAUUCCGCGGUGUCCAACGUGCUGGACGCAAGUAUGUGGUCGCUUUCCGUGGGCGCGAGCGUGCACGCUUCGACGAGGCCGAGCCUGCCGCCCGCCUGUACGAUCUUCUCUGCCGUCUCCAGCACGGAGAUCAGCUUGACGGGCUGGACGGCCUCCUCAACUCGCUGCCCGACCAGGACAAGGAGGUCGAGAAAACGGAAAGUUACCUGGACGGAGUGGCGAUCUGGCGGGUGUGCUCCUCAUUUCUGGUGCUGCACGAUGAGGUUGAGGUGGCCAGUCAGCACCAGACUCUCACUGCGGCUCGGCAGGCCGCUUCUUCCACGGCAUCGGAGGUGCAAGCUCGCCGGUUCCGUGAAGAGGCUGGACGCGCCCAACGACGGAGUCAGCUCACAAUCGAGCGCAACGCGAGCCAGAUCGCCUACUUUCCCCUCGUCAAUAGCCGUGGCGAGCCGGUGGAGGCCCUGGUUGACGACUCCUCGUGGCUCGACAUCCGGGCCGCGGGAAUCAGGGUCUUCAUCACGAGGGCUGAUCGAGUUGCGGUGUCGGGCGGGGGCGUCCCCUUUACGACUUUCCUGUCCCGCUGGCUGCGAAGUGCGACAGCUGCGCAGGUGGUCGAUCACGUGGAUGGAGACAUCUACAAUCACCGUCUCAAGAACCUCCGAGCCACAGAUCGCUCGGCCAACGCCCAGAAUGCUCGCAAGGAUGCCAGCCGGUCUGGUCUUAUUGGCGUCUCUCAGACGCAUCGUCAACGAUGGCGUGUCGAGACCAACGUCAAAGGCCAGCAUCGCUCGGCCGCGCAGAAUUUUGAGGCACACGAGAUGGAGCUGGCGAUCGAGAUGUACGAUCUGGUGUCGCUCUACCAGCACGGAGCUGGAGCGCUUCUCAAUCGUCCUCAUAGGCUCGAAGUGUACCUCGCAGACCUGGAGGACACCGAGACCAUCAAAAGAGUGGUGCAAUUCUUGGCGCCAAAAGCGAAAGUCCAGUACUCUGACUUCGCUGGGGUCUCGGUGAACCGGGCUAAGGUAAAGGGCAAGUUCUAUUCGUACUGGAACGCUCAAGUGCGGCCAACAGUCCCGGAGGGGGAGAAGAUGAAGCUGAAGACGAAGAGGUUCGGUGUUAUGGAGGACAAAGCCGGCGAGGUAAAGGCCGCGAUCUUUUACGACCUUUGGAGACUGAAGUUGAAGGGGGUCAACUACACGAUCAACUUUGAGCACAUGCGACCGUGGUACCUGUAUCACCUGCCUACGCUCAGCGAUGACAACGACCUCCGAAUCAUCGAGAAGGCUUAUCAGCGCCUGGGAGGGGAUGCCUGGGCCCUCGCACAAGCAAAGAAGUAG